AUGAGCACGAUUAUAGAUGAACUUGCUAAAGUAACAUCUAUGAUACGGAAAACUGUUCCUAACAUCGAUGACGCUAUUGUUGAUUACGUUAUUGGUUAUUUGGAUGAAACACCUUCUCUAGUCGAUAGUGAGGACGCGAUUGGUGACUUCAUUCGACCAAUUUUGCUUGAUGCAGGCGGUGAAGAAAAAGCAAUACAAAAACUUUGUGAUAAGUUGUCUGAACUUUUUAUUAAGGUCAAUGAGUCUACAAAUAAAAUUUCUAAUAACCGACUUGCAAAAUUGGAACAGCCUGUAAAUAUGCUUUCACAAGAAGCCAUUUCUGCAACAGCACGAAUUGCUCCUCAAAGUGUAGAUUUAGAAGCGGUAUCUGGUAGAAAAGUUAGUACAAGAGUGGACACUAAAAAAUUAGAAAAAGCUGAAGCUAAGAUUAAGGCUAAAUUAGAAAAGCGUGUUCGUAAAACAAAUUAUGAAGCAAGCAAAUUGAUACAAAAAAAAGAUCAAGAUGCUGAAUUUUACAUGAAAGUUAAUCCUAUCUUGGAUUAUACUACAACAAAAGGAAAAGUCAAGGAUGUUAAAAUUGAAAACUUUGAUAUCUCGUUUGGUGGUAAAAGGAUUUUAACCAAUGCAAAUUUGACUUUGCAUGCGCUUAAUCCCACACCUUCGCAUUUAUGGAACAUAAAUGAUGUCAUAGAACAAGAGCCUGCUGACAGUAAUGAAAUGAAAGAAGAGGUGGAAGAACAUUAUACGAAGGAAGAGAAUGAAUAUCAUCAAGAUCAAGACGAAUAUUAUCAAGCUGAUGAACAUUAUCAAGAAGAGGAUAAAAUUGAGUUUGUAUUGAGUGAAGAAGCAAUUGCAAUGUUUCGUUUUUCUGAGUUAAGGAGGUUAGAUUGUAAGCAUUGUAGAAAUUAA